GUUAAAGGGAAAAAUCACCCAAAAAUACUCAUUAUUUUUCUGAGGUAUCGGAUCUUACAUUUCCCGUCUCGAAGCCCUCGCUUAUGUAAUACCAGUGGUACUAGUGCUUGCUUGAUGUCAGGGAACAGAACCUAGGAGCUGGAGUGUCAAACUGUAAGCACCAAUAACCUAAUAUUUAACCUGCACAUCAUAUGCUCCUUUACCACGGUGGGUUAUGCUGUGACUUUUGAAUACUGUUUACCAACAGUCAAAAAUGAUUCUCGAGCCAACUGCAGAACAACUUCCAGUCCGCCUUCGCGAAUAAAUGAUUGAAAGGGAUACACAGAAAAGUCGCCUUGAUUUCAAGAACCUAGCUCUGCCUCAUGGACGGCUCUUCACGAAAUGGCUCUAGCGGGGUCAAUGGCAGCGAUAGGAGUGGCAUGAGUAGGGCGGAAAGGUUUGAAGAUGAGAAGAGACGAAUUAUCGAAAGCUGUUUUGGGAAGAAGGAUCCGGACGGCUCUUGUGAGAUUAGUUCACUUUGCGAUACAGGUAUCAGCUGUGCUAACCCCUCGGGCAUUUAGUAUUGGAAUCAUAUAUCACACAUAUUAGAAUUAUUGAGGAUGCGGCAUAUCCAUCCUCUCCACCUCCCACGGACGCCAAUCCGGAUGCUAAAAAACCUCGUCUUAUAAUCGUCGCCGUGCGCAAAUCUGGACGGGUUCGGAUGCACAAAGCUAGGGAGAAUGCGAAUGGGAGCUUUUCAAUUGGCAAAACUUGGAUGCUUGAUGAUUUAUCCGCGGUAGAGUCUUUUAGUGGAGCAGUUCCUACGACUGCUGAGGAAGAACAGCGCAAACAAUGGGCUGGGGGGAUGGGAUUUACUGUGACAAUUGGAAAGCCCUAUUAUUGGCAGGCCAAUACUCAAAAGGAAAAACAAUUCUUCAUCGCAAGCUUGGUCAAGAUUUACACAAAGUACACUGGCGGAAAAGCGCCGGAACUCAUUGGUUUUGAUCCCAGAGAAAGGGAACAAUUGUCUGGUAUUUCAUCUUCCACACGACCACAACAACCUCCCUCACAAGAAUCUCGGCGGCCUCCGCAAGCCCAACAACUACAGUCUUCUGCAUCUUCUGCAUCUUCUCCAUACGAACAGAACCAGAGUCGACCGUUCAAACGAGAGCCGUCCCGAGAACCUGUGCUGCGUAGUCAACCUAGUCGAGAUGCUGUACAACGCCCAUCAGGCCAAAUGCCGGCCAAUGCUAGUCCAGCUUUUCCUCCACAAAAUUCCCGACCUCCUAUGCGGCCACAGCGUGAUGCCUCGCCAGGUUCAUCUGCUAAGCCACUGGGUGUUAAACCUCAACAGAGCCACACAAGUCUGCGUAGGUUGGAAACCGCUAAUCAGAGCCAGGAAUCUUUUGGACGCAGUGACGACAGCGGAAGCUUACCGCCUCGUUCACGCGGUGGCGCUAAUGGUUUGCCUAAUGCACCUGGUCGCUUUCCUGAUAGAAGCGUCACACCCAUUUCCCAACGUGGCCCUCCUGAAUCCGGCUUUCCAAGUCCGAAACGGGACAGGUCGACGGACCCGCCGCCAAUGCCUGCUCCACUAACAAUUCCACCCGAACGACGUCGACCUCCAAUGCCAAAUAUUGGCGAUGCGGCUCGCUUACGUGGUACAGAUUCAAUGGAUAACAUUGUGCCGGCGCCAUUGGCUAGUCCUGGUAUGCGCAGAGACGAUAUGCGGCCUCCCACUCGUAGCAGUGAACGAUCAAUACCUCGCGAGCGAGAUACUAAUGGAGAUGGCAGUAUUGACGCCAAAAUCAUAGAGGCAGCAUCAUUGGAACCACCUCGUGAUAAUUUGGGAGAUACCGGUAAGGAUGAAGUGCCGCCGGUUCCUGCAUCUGCACCAGCUACUACCUCCCCUGUCUCUCCAGUCGUUUCGCCGACUACUCCCGUUUUGCUAUCGGCGGAGGAGCAAGAGGACGAGGAAAUGCGCCCUGGUCUUGGACCCAUGAUAAAGAAGAAAUCCAAGGGCGACAUUGCCAGCACCUUCCUUAGGGCCGCACAAAAUGCCAAUGGUUUCAAGCCUCGUGCUGGUGGCGCAGCUGAACGUCUUAGAGAAGCAGCACUGGCAGCUAAAUCUCCAAACGGCCCUGAUGGUAUCACUGGUGUGGUCCCAGCUCCUUCCUUAGUCCGGGCGUUCAGUAAUGAUAGCGCAACUAUGUUCAAUGCUCCGCUCGCCGUUGUACCAGCUGCUACACCCGAAGUUCCUUCUACUCCGGUCGAAGCACCUCCAGAAAAGUCAGCUGCACGCAAUGCCAAUCCUGAAGUUAUUCCGGAAGUCAAAAUUACAGUCCCGGACAAGGAUAUACCAAGCACUGUUGGAAGUCUUCCAAAGGCAUCAGAUACUGGCUCACUUGACAAGCCAAAGGCUCGGGAACCUAAACGUCCGAAAUCUGCUUCUGAGGCAAUGCAAAAAGAGCUUGCAUCUUUAGGUAUCGAUCCUAGCUUUUUGGAUGGCCGAGGUUCUGAUCUUGUCAAUGCAUGGGAUGAAUUUGGAUGGGUUGGGGAAGGUGUGCAUACAAAAGUUAUUGAUGCAUUAAAAGAUGAUGUUGAGCGAGAGCUCAACAAAGUUCAAGCAGGAGGCUGGCUUAACCGAUUAGAGGAAGAGGACGAACGAGUUGAAGCGAUUAAAAGAGGGCUGGAUACAUGUAUGGAUGAAUGUGACGAACUUGAUGGUUUGCUCACACUGUAUCUUGUGGAGCUUGGCGUGAGUUGCUUCAUUGGAUACAUUCUUGAAGAAUUUUGUAGAUUAACAAAUCACUUUAGACACUCAACGAGGACAUUGCAUACAUCGAAGCCCAAUCACAAGGUCUGCAGGUACAAACGGCCAAUCAGAAGCUCUUACAAGCUGAACUUCAAUCUCUACUGGACACGAUAUCAAUUUCCUCAUCACAGCUUGAGUCCUUAAAAACGGCAUCAUUGGAACGUCCUCAUGAUCUCGAGCUGGUUGAAAAGUCUUUGGUUGUUUUGUUCAAAGCUAUGGUUACUAUUGAUCCUUCACUUAGUAUUUCUGUUCCUAGAAGAAGUGAAGAUGGUAGUGUCCAUUCCGGGAGAACUGGAGGCUUCGGCAACAGCGAGAUUGGAAGCAUGCGGGUCUUACAGGAGAAGAAAGAUGUCUACCGAGCUACGAGCGUUGAAUUCCUUCAACGUUUGUAUUCCUUUUUACAAAUGAAAUUCCGCUCUGCAAUUGACGAAACAAGGAAAGCGUUAGACCGGGAAAAGGGUGGCAAUAUCGCCAGAACAGCUGGGAAGGGCAAACUUGACCCACGCCAUCAUGAUCUCGCGAGGAAUAUACUUUGGAGAUAUAGCCCACUGAUGUUGUUCUCUAGGGAAGUGGCUCCUGAUGAAUGGGAAAAGUUUUUGUUAGAUUACGAGUCUGCAUGUAAACCCUUAUACCAGGACGAAUUCAGGGACGCUGUGUUUGCCUGGAAGCGGAUUGCUAAGAAAGCACACGGGGACGAGUCUGAAAACUUGUUCACAUCACAAAUUGAGAAACACACUGAAGGCCUCGCAACUACAACCGCUAGAAAGCUGACGGUAAAGCGAAGUCAAACGCUGGCAAAGAUACGAUCUCCAGCUGGCGACGGUGGCAAUAAGUCUACCACAGACAAGGCGGAUGGUCGACUACCUCCACAUGAAGUGUUCACUGGAGCUCUCGAUGAAAUGGUUCCGAUUAUGAGCAUGGAGCAAAACUUCAUUGUUGAAUUUUUUCAUAUCACGUCGCUAGAACAACAUGAUUUUGCAGAUUCUGUCGCUGCUGCUCCCCCAGACUUGCGACGAGGCGGCGACUUGAGAAGGCCGAAAGUUAUGGAUCCCAAUCGGAUCUUGGCAAAACGUGUCGUACAGACCAUGGAAGAAAUUUACGCUUUUUGGGCAGGCGAUAUGGAAGCACUCGUAGACUGGUCCCUCCAAACCGAUCCAUUGUAAGUAUACCUAUUUAAAACAAAUCGAAGGGAAUAACUAAUUAUUCGAAUAGGCAAGGUGUUGGUAUACUCGUUUCAAUUGAGCGCAAGCUUGUUGACCUCGAGGAAUCAAGCCAGGAGUACCUGGCACGUACUCUCCAAAAAUUACAUGCUCGUUUACUUGGUCUAUUUAACAAAUUCCUUGAUGAGCAGAUUCGAGCCAUCGAAGACACUAAAGUCAAAAUCAAGAAGCGAAAGGGUGUUAUUGGCUUCAUAAGGAUAUUUCCUUCAUUUUCCUCUGCAAUAGAAACGAUGUUGAUGUCUGCUGAUGGCCUCGAGGUUCGACAAAUCGUAAAUAAUGCAUAUUCUCGAUUGAACAAAACCAUGUUUGAGUCUCUCAAGGUUAUUGCGAGGGAAAAUCCAAGUGCUCACACUGCAGGUGCAGAUCCAGAGGACAAAGAAGCCCUCAAUUAUCAGAUUCUACUCAUCGAAAAUAUGAACCACUACCUGGAAGAAGUGGAUGUCCGCUCCAACCCGGUGCUUGAAGAAUGGAGGGAGAAUGCUAGCCAAGAAAUGGAUGAACAUAUGACUUUGUAUCUGGGUGCUGUGAUUCGAAGACCCCUAGGAAAACUUCUCGAUUUCUUGGAAAGUACAGAGAGUCUUAUGCUUUCGAGACAACCUGGUGAAUCGGCUUCGAAGAUCUCAUCAAUGCCAAGUCACUCCAAAUCGACCUUCAAAAAAAUCCUUGCUGGGUAUGACGCCAAAGAAAUUAGGAAGGGCAUUGAAACUCUUAAGAAGCGAGUUGAAAAGCACUUUGGCGAUGCAGAUGACCCAGGACUCAGUCGAGAACUUGUCAGCAAGGUGAAUCAACAAUGCGAGAGAUUUUACGAAAACGUCGACGAUAGGAUUUUGACAAUCAGCAGAGAUGUGUAUGAUGGAGAAGUUAUUGCUGAAUGGACAAGAGCCGAUAUUGCUACAGCCUUCAGAAAGUAGGUGCCGUCAUGAAGAGAGCAGGGUCCUUGGAUUCUGACUACAUUGAACACAAAUUUCCUUUAAAUGUAAUAUGAGUGGAAACGUAUAAUGAAAUAGGCGUUUCGUAGGAGGGUGCAAGUGGUCAUUAUAAUGGCGGCAUAAAACCUUGUAAUUUUAGGGGAUAUACCAUGCGCUUGAAGAAUGGAAAAUGAAGAAAGGACCAAUUUCCGUAGCAUCUUUUCAUAUCUUGCCAAUCUAUAUGAACAAUUCGAGCAUGAGCUACUGUGAGCAUAUCCCACUGUUCGUCUCAGUCCCUUGGCAUUGGUGGUAUGCACGUAUGUACUGCUACAACAGCCGAGGAUAUUAGACGGGAAUUGACGGAUGAAUACACCCACUCCUGAAGAAUUUCGAGGCCGAUCCACUAGAUAAUAAUGUAGUAAGCACUUAGUACAUA